GCUGCAGCGCGCUGAUAGCCGCGAGGCAAAUUUGCCAAAUAUCCCACACACCAGUGUUUCUCGUUUCCUUCAACCGCUUUGGAGAGUCAUGUGAUUGAAACGUAACCCGACCGGAAAACACCGACCAUCGCAGCUAAUGCGGCGCUUUAGUGGCCAGCCAAACGGGCAAGUUCGCCUAUGACAAACAACAACACGCAUCGAAAUACUAUUCGAAGAGAAGUAGAAAGGGUGAAGAAUGGAGCUGGCCAACCACGGUGUGGUCCUCCUGAAACAGCUCAACGCUCAGAGGGAGUUUGGUUUCCUGUGUGACUGCACGGUGGCCAUCGGGGAUGUGUUUUUCAAAGCUCACAAGGCUGUCCUUGCUGCCUUCUCCAACUACUUCCGAAUGUUGUUUGUUCACCAGGGCAGCGACUGUGUCCGACUGAAGCCAGCAGACAUCCAGCCAGAGAUCUUCAGCUACCUCCUCAACCUGAUGUACACAGGCAAGCUGUCCCCGCAACUGAUUGACCCUCUGCGACUGGAACAGGGGGUCAAGUUCCUGCACGCCUUUCCUCUCUUGCAGGGGAUGGGCCAGGUCAGCCCAGCAGCUCUCUCCCACUCUGAAGUGGGGAUGCCUCUGGCUACCUCUCUAUAUGGGAUACAGAUCUCAGAUCAACCCAGCCAACCCUUCUCACCUCAUCCGGACUCCUCUCCCUCUGAUUCGGGUCGCCUGUUAGAUGGCAGGUGGGCACUGGGUGAAUCCGGGCCAGACCACCCUGUCUUCAAAGGUGACGCCAGUGCCGAUCAGUUUACCGUGGAGGCCCAGGGUCCAGAAACGCGCAGCGAGAGCCCAGCGGUGAGCGCGAUCCUCCGUGUCAAGCCCAGCAUCAUGCGGAGGAAGGCCUCCACCCGCAAGCAUUACUCCUGCCACCUGUGCGGGAGCCGGUUUAGCCAGAGGGCUGGCCUGGCUGAGCAUCUACUGCUUCACGCUCAGGCUCUACUCCCGGAGGUGUGGGCGUCCCCGAGCGGGUCUGCCGCCUCGCCGGCACCUGUUGGCUUCAUCCCAGACCCGCCGCUCCGGGGCGAGGAGUCCCCUCGCGGUGCUGGCGACGACGGCGAGGGGCCGCCGGCUGCCGACUCCCCCGGGAUGGAGGUGGAGGGUUUCCGGGCGGACACCCCACCCCCUUCAGACAUCGCCGACAUCGACAACCUGGAGGGGACCGACCUGGAGCGGGGGACGAGGAGGCGCAGGUAUGAGUGUGCCACCUGUGGCCGAAAGUUCAUCCAGAAGAGCCACUGGCGCGAGCACACCUACAUCCACACGGGCAAACCCUACAGGUGUAGUGCCUGUGGGAAGAGCUUCUGCCGGGCCAAGCAAGCUGCCCGCCAUGCCUGCCUGGGCCAGAGUGCUGAGUCCUACACCAUUGUAGAUAGGCACAGUGUGGAGCUUUGCGCCAGUGAAGACAGCAACCAGAUGGAGACACUGUUCCUGGACUCCAGCAGACCUUAUAAAUGCAACGUGUGCGAAUCCACCCUCUCCAGUCCUGACGAGAUCCUCAAGCACCCCUGCUUUAGCCAGAAUGCACCAGUCCUCUCUGGGUCAGAUGACCAGAUAACACUCCACAAUGGGGGGCCUCCUAAAAACAAUGGAUUGGGCUCCUCUAAUGUUAAACCCAUUAAAUCUGAGGAAGUUUUUAAUUGAUUAAAAACAUCACACGUCGAUAUUUUUCACACUUUUUUAAUCAAUUAAAUUAUGGUAAGUAGUUAAGGUAAAAGUUUAGUCAUGACAAAAUAUAUGAGAAUAUCCUUGAACAUUUUUAGAUGCCUGUCCAGUGCGUAUUUUUACACAUCAGAAGAGAAUCAUAAUCUUACAUGAAUUCUUAACUGUAAACAUUUUAUGCCUUGUCAGAUAUCAAUACAAGUUUUCAAGAGUUUAACUGAUAUUUUCUUUUACUUUGAGAUGCACACCAUUCUUUCAAAAGUUUUAUUCUAAUACCAUAUUCAAUACUAUUAAAUCAUCUUGCCAAAUACUGCACCUAAUAUUAAGACAGACGGUCAUGUAAAAUGAAGUUAUAUAUGGCAUUCCACUGAGAUUUUGGUGGAAUAUGAUGGGCAAAGCUAAUGUGAAGACAUGUCACUAGCUUCAGCUUCAUUUCCCAUUGUUUUCUUUGUAAAGCUUAACUCAUGGUUUAGCUGUACUCUUCCCUGCCUAUCAACAAUAAACCAGUCAACAAUUUUCUGACUGGUUUAGUCACAGUGAAUUCACAUAAUUGACUAUGGCUAAUAUUCCUUACUAAGUUUGUGCAUCGUUUACCAAUGUUUAGCUGUAAAUAUACAGUGUGCCAUGUGAGACCAAUAGCAUGUACAGUACCAGAAUAGUGCCUGGGUAUUAGGUUCAAACAUUUUUUUUUUGUUGUUUUGCUUUUCAGGAAAAAAAUGCCCUGAACUGUAUUUUCAGACAUUGUCACAUAUGUAUCUGGUUACUUGAUAAAGAAAAGUAAGUUUGUUACAUAGAAAUGAAUCAGCACUUAGCCUACUAGUCACACUUGAUUGUCAUAAAUAUUUAUGCCUAAAUAUUUGUGCUUGAAACAGUUGAUGCUUCUUCUGAAAGGGCUCAUAAAGGUCUCAAAUGCAAAACUGCAGAUGAUUAACGCCCCAUAUUUUAUACUAAAAUUGAUUGAGUGAAAGGAUCAAAACACUUUUGCCAUCCUGAAUCCUGAAAAGGCACCUAGCUUUGUUCUGUGAGUAGGCUAAGCGGAUUCAAGGCAAAUUGUUGGCUGUAUAGGUCAUUUAAAGGGUGUUGACCCAGAAUUCACAUUUUCACAUUUCUGCUGCAACCCAAGAUAUAUUUGUGGAAAUAAGAUUAGAUAAAACAUUUGUAAACUUCUCUAGAUAUCGUAUCAGUUCCUAGUUUAAAGACGAAAUGCAUGAUUUCCUCCUUUCACAGCAGCUGAGAAAUGAAUAUUUGAUUAGGUGUUCAGGAAAAAUGUUUAGUUAUCCAUAGCAAACAUUUAGAAAUUGGUCAAAGGCUGUUGACUUUGUGUGUGUUUGGACAUCCAGGAAAAGCAGGGCUUUCCAAGCUCUUUCCUGUUAACUUGUAUAUAGUGGUUUUUGUUCGAGCCAAUCCAGCAAUUAGCCUAGCUAAAGUGAUGGAGAACAUUCAUUUACCAACUUCCAUUAUUCUUAUUUUCUCAUAAUACAAAUUUGGCUCAUUGCCAUUUGCUUAUAAUUAAGUCUUCCCCAGGAGUUUUGGAAGCCCUGAGCAAAGGUUGCAAAUACUUACUUUUUCGUUGAAAAGUUCAUGCUAUACUUUGCCAAAUUUGGGAAAAGGUGUUUGCAAAGUGAGAGAUUAAUGGCUUCUCAGAUAACAGUUCUUACAGAAACCUAAGAACAGAAUGAAGUAAAACCCUUAACCCUUGUGUUCUAUUUACUGAUUAGCACCUGUGAAACUAAGCCUUGGUCAAAUAGACCCAGGAUAUUAUUAGGAUUUUAAAAGAUAGAGAAACAAGUAAUGCCAAAGCAUGUAUUUUCAUGGUUGCCAUUUACUGCUGAUUGAUCACAUUUAAAGGCAUACUAUGCAGAAUUGUUUUGUCUUGCUGUGGUCCUGUGUUUACAAUCAAAUAAGUCUCCUACAUCUUCAACCCUGCCCACUCAUCCUGAGUAGGCUACCCAACCAGCUGCCUAACGUAGCUAGCUGGAUAGCUAGCGGUAAUGUUACUUACAGGUCCACGAUAAAACAAGCCAACUCUGCUUUGAUUUUCAUCUCCUUGGCAAACUUCAGCUGAGGCCACAGAGGAAAAACAAGUUUAAGGUUAACUCUAGUUCUUGAACGAGGCCUGAUGGCUUGUCUUUUUCCUUCACUGUGUCUGUGCUUCUACACUUCGCUGUAAUUUGGUCCCAGUCCACAGGCUCUCUUGCCACACCCACCACUCCCCACACAGAAAAGAGUGCCACGCCUAGAGAUUUCCUAAACACAUUUAGAAUAACAAAUACAGGUAAAGGUGCAUGAAUUCAGCAAAAGUGCUUAAAGACAGACAGUGCAUCAUCGUUAGCAUGUUUAUUUUAUAAUAUUUCCAGGGUAAAAAUCCUACAUGCUAUGCCAUUUAAAAUGAAAGUGUCAUUUGUUUUUGUGAAAUUGUGAUUUACAAAAAAUAUACAAAAACAGGCAUGGAUAAGGCAUGUAUAACUUAUGUUUAUCUCUGAAAAUUUUAAAUGGAACAAGGUUUCAUGCAGUAGAUUAUUGAUAUUUAUUGGUUCAAACUAUUUUUCAUCUUUAUCUUGUAUUCAGAGAACCCUAUAGGCAAAAAGACACAAAGCUAAUACUGAUAAUGAACAACAAAUAGAAACACAAAAACCAUUUUUACAGUAUAGUCACUGGUCUGGUUGUGAAAUGCGUUGCUCAAGUGUCAUUCCUGUUUUACUGAAAGUUUAUAAUGGGUUAGUUUGACCCAAAUCGAACACAAGGGUUAAGGGUAUGUAUAUAAGGGUGUAAGGGCAGAAUUACCGAUUUGCAAUAAUUAUCUAUUUCCUAGGCAAGGUGCACUUGUAGACGGGAAUCUUGAAAUGUAGAAGAUAAAGAAAAAAAUGAACAAAUUCUCAGCUGCUUUUAGGUGUAUAUAAAGCAGUAUUUCAAUUCACAGGUGCUUUAUUCCUUCAGUUAGUGGAUACUGACUUUGCAUUUGCUGUGCCUCUGGGGAAAAUGAUUUUCUCGUUAUGUUUUUGGAAUCAAACUGCAGUUACAUUUCUGUAACUGACAAUUAUAUUCUGUGUGGAUAAUUAUAUACUGUAUGCCUGUGCUAAUCACGGCAUACUGUUGCUAAGCUAGCCCCAUAAAUUCUCAUCUGUAUAGAGUUGGUGGAAAAAUAUGUUUUGGAAGAACUGUUUUUUCACUUUACCCUUUGUUACAGUAUAUAAAAGGAAAGCUAAUUACAGUGCAGUAGGUUUGUACAGAUUAUCAUGUAAUCACCAAAACUGCCUAAUCCCGACCACAGAAACAGAAAAAUUGAAAAAAAAAAAAAAAAAAAUUCAUCGAAGGCACUUAAGACUUUCCUGGUUCAUUGAGUCUUUUGACGCAUUUGCCAUUCCCAGACGUCUGCAGGUACUGAGUCUCAUUGUGUUUUCUAAAUCAAUGGUUUAUAAACUUGGAGUCUGAAAUUUUAAUGCGGAAAUACAUUAGUUGUGUCCAGUCCUUCCUAUGAAGUAGCAUAUGUUCAAAUGUAGGAUUCAAAUGUUUUAAUUGUUUGAAUUGCACAUACAAUAGCAAGUGCUGUGCAUAUAAGAUGUGCAGUGUUUUAAUGAGACUGCUGUUAAUGUCUGUGGAAAGUGUGUACUGUGCAGUAUAUUUGUCCUCAUGUAUUUCUCAUCCAAACUCAAGCCAUCUCACAAUCGGUGGGUCCUGACCCAUAGUUUUAGAAUUUCUGUUCUUAAUUUAGGUCAAAGCCCUGGUGAAAUAUUCACUAGGCAACAUACCACCCCCCCCCCCCCCCCCCCCACACACACACACACCCUCCUCCAAAAAAAGAAAAUUUUGUGCACACACACACAUGCAUACAAAUUAACUGUAAAUCAGCCCACCCACCCAGUGUCGUUUUUCCCUUGCCCUUUGUGUCAUAAUAAAACAAGCACACUUUUCUUUCCAAAAACAAGUACAAACAAAUUGAGGUCAAGUCAUUGAUAUUGCAGUGUAUAGACCGAACCCAUAUAUUGUACUUUUUUGCCGUGUUGUUGUUAAUAUUGUUCUAAUUAUUACGACUGUAAGCUAUUUUCCCAUGAUUUUAUUGUUGACAAUGCUUUAUUUAACCAGCCCCUGUAUUUUAGUUAUCCAGUUUUUAAGAAUGCAUUUUGUGUGAUGACUGAUUAAUAAAAUACAUAUUUGCAUUUUUACAUUUUUGAGGUCAGUAAAUGUUGGUGGAUGUUGAAAAGAUGUUUUGCAAUAUUGCUCCAUAGCGUUUGAACGGACGUGCAGUCCCAUAUUAAGUGGAGUAGUGUGCUCUCAUCUAUCUUAGAUUUUUUGACAAUAACAUUAUUCAGUCCCAUUUUUUUAAAACCUGUUUUGGGGUUCAGUAUAGUCUGUUAAUGUAAUUUUACAAGACAUUUUCUAGGGAAGCUUAUACUAGAAGAUGCAAGCAUAUCAUGAAUUAGAAAUAAAAACAUAUUACACAAAAUGGUAAAAUUGUAGAACAAAAUCUUGAAGAGAAGUGAAAAAAUGAGUAAAUAUAUUCAUAUCAGCUAAUUGUAUGUGGUAUUCCAACACUGCAGUCUGGAGUAGUUCACAUACAGGUCUUCAUCCACCACCAUUUUUUACCCCAGAUUAAGAUAGGCAAUAGUGCAGUAUUCAGAAGUUCACUGAAAUAUAGACAUGGUUAACGUUGAUAUGCUGUAUUAUUUUUCCUUAAAUUUCUAUAAUUUGCUUCAAGUACCAAUUAAAUAUAGCCUACACCAGUUUU